GGACCUGACCGGAAGAGGCAGGGACAUUUCGCGCCAAAUUGAAACAAGACCUCAGUCAGAGAGCCGACCGGCCGCAGACGAGCUGAGAGACUCUCCGACGCGACUUCAGCCCUUCUUCGUCCUCUCAUCUGCCAAGCGAACAUGGAGGAGGCCAACAAGCUGAUCGGCACCGGGAAGAAACACCUGGUGAUGGGGAAGCCGGUGGAGGCGGUGAGCGUCCUGCAGGAGGCCUGCGCCCUGCUAGCUAAGAAGUACGGAGACACCGCUGAUGAAUGUGGGGAGGCUUUUCUCUGGUGUGGGAAAGCGCUCCUUGAGCUAGCACGGAUGGAGAACUCGGUGCUGGGUAACGCCCUGGAGGGAGUCCCCGAGGAAGAGGAAGGUGAGGACAAAGCCAAUGAUUCCAAGUUUGAGAGCGCAGAAAACCUUGAUGAGAAAACCCGGGACGAGCUGAGGGUUCAGGUGUACGACGCCAUGGCAGAGAAGAAAGAGGAAGAGGCGAAGAAGAAGGCGGAGGAGAAGCAGGGCGAAGAAGCAGAGAAGACGGAGGCCGGAGAGAAACGACCCAAAGCUGAGAAAGAGGGAGGCGAGGACAAGAGCGACGCCGAUGGAGCCAAACCGAGCAAAACCAAAGAUCAGAAAGAAGAGACGAAGAAAUCAGCUGAGGAAUCUCCAGCUUCUAAGGACGACAAGAUCACUGAUGCAGAAGAAAAAUCGACCUCAAAGGACGACGAACCAGCUGAUAAAGACGACGACUCUGAGAAAGAGGAGGGAGCGGAGGAGGAGGAAGACGGUGAAGAUGUGGAAAUGGAGAGCGACGAUGAAGAUGAAGACGACUCUCCUGAAAAGGAGGAAGAGGAGGAGGUGGGGAACCUGCAGCUGGCCUGGGAGAUGCUGGAACUGGCUAAAGUCAUCUAUAAGAGGAAAGAGACGAAGGACGACCAGCUGCUGGCGGCCCAGGCUCACCUGAAGCUGGGGGAGGUUUCAGCCGAGUCAGGGAACUACUCCCAGGCUCUGGAGGACUUCCAGGAGUGUCUGAAGCUGCAGCUGGCUCACCUGGAGCCGGACAGCCGGCUGCUGGCCGAGACGCACUACCAGCUGGGCGUCACCUACAACCUCAACUCCCAGUACGGCCAGGCGGUGGAGGCCUUCAACAGCUCCGCCUCCGUCAUCAGGAGCAGGCUGGAAAAGCUGCAGGAGAUCAUCGGCAAGGCGGAGGAGGCUCUGCAGAGCGACCGCAAGGAGCUGGAGGAGCUGAAGGCUCUGCUGCCGGAGAUCCAGGAGAAGGUGGAGGACGCCACCGAGAGCCAGAAGUCGGCCGCCGAAGCCGUCAAGAGCUUUUUGGACGGAGCCUCUACGUCGUCUGCCUUCCCAGCAUCCAGUGAGGGGCCUUCAUCAUCCUCCUCCUCCUCCUCAGCACAGGUCACCGCCGCCUCGCCCGUCAAGCUGGGCUCUCCCAGCAAGUCGGCCUCCACGGCGCCGGUGUCGGACAUCUCCCACCUGGUCAGGAAGAAGUCCGCCGCCUUUCAGAGGAAACCGGAGGACAGUCCCGUGAAGGAGGCCGCCGUCAAGAAGGUGAAGCAGGAUGACGAGGAGAAGGCGAAGGCGGCGGAGGCUCAGGCCGGCGGCGGCCACACGCUCAACGGCUCCGCCAACGGACACUCCAAAGCCAUGGAAGUCGCCAAGGAGUGAGAUCCUGCUGCCAGCUCCACCUCGGAUCCAGAAUGUGACCGCCGGUUCGACCCGGCUGGGCCGAACAAGAGCUCACAGCGGCCCUCUGUUGUAAAUAUGUGUCUUUUUGUGCCUGUUGUAUUUGUGAAUUUAUAAACUUGAAUAAAGACAGUUGAAUAAGA